UCAGGUUUCGGGGUUUAUACUGUUUUAUUUCAGGGUUUUGAUCGAUAAAACCCUUCGCCCGCCCUCUAACGGUUCUCUCCCUGUACACACACACACAAACCAGAGCUUCAGCGACGUUCAGUCGUAGUGAGAGAGCGAAAACUAAGAAACAAGCAUGGGUUCAGAAGCAGGAAUACAGGCAGACUCGACUAAUUUGAAGUUGAGAGAGCUUCUAAAGGAGACGCAGCUCGAUUAUUCCUCGGAAAACACUAAAAUCAUCAACGACGUUGUUUCCGCCCUCAAAGAAGCCAUUGAUCAAAUCCCUGAAGACUUUCAGGUUGCAGCUGACACGGCGCCAGGAUUUGUUAAAGACAUUGGUGCUGAUAAAGUUGAAUUCAAGUUCAAGAAACCUAAGUCUAUAGAAAUUGGGGGCAGUUAUUCGUUUAAAUGCGCUGCUAAACCGGAUGUACAUGUUGAUCUUUUUCUCAGAUUACCCAAGGAAUGCUUCUAUGAGAAAGACUAUCUAAAUUAUCGCUAUCAUGCGAAAAGAUUUCUGUACCUCUGCAUCAUCAAGAAAUAUGUAAAACUUUCUUCUAUCAUUCAAGAAGUAAAAUGGUCAACUUUCCAUAAUGAGGCCCGUAAACCUGUGCUGGUUGUCUAUCCAGCUGCACGGCUCUCCGGAAAUGCUGCUUUUUGUGUCAAAAUAAUUCCGACAUCCAAAUCCAUAUUUUGUGUAUCAAAGUUGAAUUUACAGAGGAACAAUGUUCGCUCACUAAAUCAAGAGGGUGUUUUACAAGCUACACCCAAGUACAAUAGCAGUAUAUUAGAGGACAUGUUUCUAGAGGAUAAUUUCGAGUUUGUUAAGAGGACUUUUAUGGGAUGGAAAGAACUGGGAGAAGCAUUGAUACUGUUGAAAGUUUGGGCUCGACAAAGAAGUUCGAUAUAUGCUCAUGAUUGCUUAAGUGGAUUUCUUAUAGCAAUCAUAAUGGCAUACCUUGCAUCAAAAUCUAGUAAAAACCGCAUCAACAAAUCAGUGAAUGUAAUUCAGAUUUUGCGCAUCACACUGGACUUCAUUGCCAAUUCAAAAGUAUGGGAUCAUGGGCUCUACUUUCAGCCUGAAGUUGAAAGCAACAUUUCAAAUAAGGAUAGGAGGAAAGAGUUUCAAUUAUUCCCUGUAAUAAUUUGUGAUUCAUUUGGUGUCAAUUUGGCAUUUCGGAUGUCACUAAGUGGUUUCCAAGAGCUGCGAGAUGAGGCUGCUCUAGCUCUUAGUUGCAUUGAUAAAUGUAAAGAUGGUGGCUUUGAUGAGAUGUUUAUGACCAAGAUUGAUUUUCCUGCCAAAUUCGAUUAUUGCACAAGGUUGAACUUGAAGGGUAGCCGUGAAGUCUAUUCUUGUGGAUUUUGUUUGGAUGAAGAAUGUUGGAGAACAUAUGAGCAGAAGGUACUCUCUCUAAUAGACCAAGCGUUGAGAGGGAGAACUAAGCUUGUUCGUGUUAUCUGGAGAAAUGCUACUUCUGAAUGCAAUAUUGAAGAUGGUUUAUCCACGUUAGAUGGAGAGGAAUUGCUUAUAGGGAUCUCAAUAAACUCUGUGGAGGAAGCAUUUAAACAGGCUGUCAUGGGUCCAAGUUCGGAAGAGAAAGAUAAGGCUGUUGAAUUUCGAAAGUUUUGGGGUGAUAAGGCAACACUAAGAUGGUUUCGUGAUGGUAAAAUUGCUGAAGUUGCAGUAUGGGAGCACGAGGAGUCGGAAAGGCAUCUCAUCAUAAAAGAAAUUAUCGAGCAUGUUCUAUCACGCCAUCUUUCCCUUCCGAAAGAAAAUAUCAUUUCCAUUGUAGAUCAACUUGAUUUUUCACUUUGCCUUGGCAACAAAGAUCCUAUAACAUUUUCGGCGAACCUAUUGAAGGCAUUCGAUAACCUCUCAAAACAUUUGCGCCUCCUUGAUGAUAUUCCUCUCAGGGUCUCCAGUGUGCAACCUCUGGAUUCAGCUUUCAGGUUAACAUCUGUCUUUCCUCCUCAACCUCAUCCUUUGGCAUAUGAAGACAGUGUUGGUGUAAAGCCGCAGAAACUCACUUCAACCUGUAUACAACCACUUGAAGUCAUGAUUCAGCUGGAAGGUUCAGGAAACUGGCCGAUGGAUGAGCUUGCAAUGGAGAAGACUAAAUCAGCAUUCCUUAUGAAAAUUGGUGAAAGCCUUCAAGAGAAAUGGGGGAUUAGUUGCACAGCUACAGAGGAGGAUGUAGAUGUUUUCACGUCCGGAUAUGCUUUUCGUCUUAAAAUUUUGCAUGAGAGGGGUCUGGGCUUGGUGCAAAGGCAAGGGAAUGCUCAUGUGAAGCGGGUACUAUCCUCAGACAAGAAACUAUUUGUUUGUGGUCAGCAUUCCAGCAUGAUCAAUGGUUUACGGGGUCGUUAUCCAAUAUAUGGACCAGUUGUUCGGCUUGCAAAACGAUGGGUGUCCGCACAUCUUUUCUCGAACUCGUUGACAGAAGAUGCCAUUGAGCUACUGGUUGCUUAUCUCUUUUUGAAGCCUUUACCAUUUAGACCUCCUUCUUCCCGAAUAACUGGAUUUUUAAGAUUCUUACGGUUACUGUCAGAAUAUGACUGGAGUUUUUCUUCAUUAAUUGUUGACAUUAAUGGUGAUUUGACUCCUCAAGAUGGAAAAGAAAUCAAUGAUAAUUUCAUGUCAAAUCGAAGAGAGUACAGAGAUGAUAUGCAGAAUAUAAGCCCAGCCAUGUUCAUAGCCACAGCUUAUGAUAAAGCAUCUGAAGCUUGGACCAGGGCCUCACCAACUGCAGCAGAACUUAGAAGAUUGGCAGCAUAUGCAGCCAGCAGUGCAAAGUUGUUGACCAGUCUCAUUAUGCAGAAUCUGAAUGAUUCUUACAGAUGGGAAUGCCUUUUCCGCACGCCUUUGAACAACUACAAUGCUGUUAUUCUUCUCCACAGAGAUAAAUUACCUUUUCCGCACCAUCUUCUUUUCCCGUCUGAAAUCAAUCAAGGGAGGCACAUUGUGCGUGGGAAUCCUAGCGAGAUUUUCCACCCUUUCUUGAUACCUGGUGACCUCAGGGGAAGCUUGGAGGAAAUGAAGAAUAAACUGAUGGUGAACUUCGAUCCACUUGGACAUUUUACACGUGACAUUGAGAGAGAGUUUCCUGAUGAGUUCAAGGUUUGGUAUGAUUCUUUGGGCGGUGAUGCUGUUGGUCUUACGUUGAGAAAUAAAAGUUCAAAGAAGCGGGGAAGAGAUGUGAAUUGUGAGGAUAAAGAUCUAAUCGAUUCAUUGAGAGCUGUUGGUGAGCUCGGGAAAGGGUUUGUUAGAAAUAUAUAUUUGCUGAAGGCUCCAAAAGUAAAUAGUUGAACUAUUUGGUGUUUUUUUUCUUCUUUCUUUUUACGGUUUUAUACAAGUUGUACCUGCUCGAGAUUAUUGUAGUUAGGCGUAAGUUACUGAUGAGCAGCAUUUUUGUGCAUCAUUAACGCGGUAGAUUGUGGUUUUUAUAGAUGAUAAUGUGCUGUUUAAAAUUACACUUUCUUAGUUGACAGUUUAAAAUUCAAAAACCUUUCCUGAUUGA